AUGCCAGAGAUGUUCCGCAACGAAAAGGCCAAUCCAGGCUUGGAGAACCAGCAGGUCACGGCAGACAGCCACUACGAAGCACUCGAAAGUAUGUCGGCUCACUACAAUAAAGUUCUCAGUUACUCAAAAGAAGUUGAGAACAAGAUGAAUAGUCGUCUCAUGGGCCAGAAGCAGCAGAUCGAAGAACUGUUGACUCGGUUACAACAGUAUCAAGCACGUUAUCAGAAAGACUGCGACCGCCGGGUGCAGUCUAACUCGGAGCUGUCUCUUUUACAAAAUCAGAAGGACGAGCUCUCCCAGAAUCUAGCUCAACAAGAUGGACGGCUGCAUGAACUAGAACAGGAAGUUGCCGAUCUGCAAGCCGAGAGAGAAAAGCAAGAUGAAGAGGCGACUAGAAUGCACCAAGAGUUGGAGGUCACGCACUCCAAGCUUGAAAAGUUUCAAGAGAAAAGCCGCUCGUACAAGGACCACCUCAAUAAGGCUGUUGCAGAACACCAACAACUCUGGCAGCAUUCCAGAGAUAUCACUGAAAAAACCGUCAACAGCAUGAGAAAGGAGCAUCGACAGGCGGAAGAGAAGUUUCAGUUGGCCAUGGCAGAGAAACAGGCCGCCCAGGAUAAGUUAAAUUUCAUUUCCAAAAACAAACAGGUACUUCUCCAGCAGGAAGUGGCAGCGGACAGCCUUGAAGGAGAUUUCGAUUUUGAGGCACAGAGAGCCAAGAAGCUGGAGGGCAAGCUCCUCGAUGCAGAUGCCUUGAAGGGCCUACUGCGCCAGAUCGAUGAGAAUGUGGCUGGAGUCUGCUUGGAGGUGGACAAUAUGCAAGCACGCUCUCUCGAAGCGCCCGCUGUGCCAACCGAGGUCAUGAGAAGGUUAGACGAAAUUGCGGGCCAUGUGCAAUUGUCCCCUCAAGUCAACAUUGAAGAUGAGGUUCAGCGAGCUCUGAAGACCUUUCAAAAGGAGAUGAUGCCACAACUUUUGGAGGAGUUGAAACUCACCAUGACUGGUCAGUCCAUUGAAGAAAAACUGCAAAGUCUACAGAAGACGCUUCAGAAACAGUCGUCAUCGAUGGAGACGGAGCGCAAACAUCGUCAGGAAGAGUUGAUGUUACAACUUUCGGAGAGAAAGGAUGAGAACAGCAAACUCGCGCAGGAUCUUCUGGCCAAGGAUUCUGAAAUCGCAGAUAUGACCAACUGUGUCUCUGAACUGAAUGAAAAACUACGAGAGGCGAGAGGCUCUGCAGAGUCGGCAUCAAAGAGGGCAACAACCAUGGAAGAAAAGCUCGGAGAGUUACAUCAAAGCCUCUCAAGCAAAGAUUGUCAGGUCACAGAGACGCAGGCUGAGCUUCAACUUCAGCGACAAGGGCACGAGACCAAGAUCCGAGAGCUCCAGGAGAAGUUACGAAUUGCCGAGGAAGAAGGCCAUCUUCAACGCCAACGAGCCGAAGACUCGGAGAAGAACUUUGAAAAAAGGUCCGAGGAAGAUACCGAAAUCCAAAUGCGGCUGAAGAGCUCGGCAGAAUCUCUGCACCAGGCUCAGCAACAGUUGACCAUGGUCGGGACGGAGGUUGAACGCCUCAAGGCCUUGGAUAGUGUUAUCAGGGCAUCAAAACUCGAAAAGGAGUUGGAGAAUGCUCGUCAAAGAGUCACCAAUCUCACACUCAAGCUUCGAGACACGCAGGCCCCGGUUGCCAACAACGACCAGCUUGAUCAGGUAGCUGAACAGCUUGCCCAGCUCCGAAUACUGAAGGAAGAAGUCAAACAGCUCAGGUCAAAUGGCAAGGCAUACGCGGCGGUCAGUAAGGACUUCGCAAACACACUCGACAGACAAGGUGCCACGGGAAGCGACGAUAUUCUGAUCCCUGACAGUCUCGUGCUGCCGGAACCAAUGCUUCCCGUGUUGCUGCAGCAAGAUGUUUACGAUCCUCUGAAUAACUUUCAGCCGAGCUCCUCUGACAUCCCGCUGAUUCGAGCCAGCAAGCGAACGGUUUUCCGCAGUCCUGUUGAAGAGUCAGAAGAUGAGAUGCCUGCGCCAUCAGUCGAACAGGGAAAGUCGCAGCGAAUGGAGGUGGACGCUCAGAGACCCCGGCUCAGAUCAAUCCUCCGCCCAGAGAGAACUCAAACUGCGAGAACAUCAAAAGGAAAUAGCGAUAUCAUGGUCGCGCGCCAUGCUGGACACUCUUCGUACAACCGACCCGUGCAAAGUGCCCCGAAGUCCAGUCAGGAGGCCAUCUUGGAUGUCAAGAACAGCCUUGUGGGCAAACGCAAGGCAAACCUCGGCGAUUUGACCAACCCUCACGAAUGGGAGAGACUUGAAGGACCAGCGAGCUAUUCGGAGCCGCGAGGAACCAAAAGGUCCAACAACGCCCAGCAGUGGUCUCGAGGCCCGAAACGGUCAAAACCAUGCUUCGCCGAGAAUGAAGAUAACGUGGAGACUUCACAGGCCUCGGGAAGUAGUAACGAGGACUGUCUCCGGGCUGAAUCGACGGAGCGCAGCCAAAAAGACGGCAAUAGGGUGGCUCCAGUGACUGUGCAGGAUGAUGAUCAAGUUUCCCACCAUUUCUUCCCAAGCGCUUCCAAGUCGAAUGAGGGCACACGUUAA